UUCAGGCACAAACAUCUCAUGCAUUUGUCUUAGAAAGUCGAAGCCAUAAUAAGCUUCUUCUCCAACUUCAUCCGGCCUGAGCAAUGGCAGCCGCCGCCGCAUUCUGCAACGUAAACAACGCCUAUGGGAUCAAGAAACUCAGCCAAGACAGUAACCUUGUCAAGAACCACCAUCUUCAGAGGAAUUACUCAGUAUUAUCCACUCCAUGUCCCGUGCAAGGGCCGCUCCUUCGUAGCUACAACACGACACAGACACGUUACGAUCAAGCAUUCACAAGUAUGUUGAGAGCUAAGCAAGAACAUGCGCGGAAUAGAAGUUUACUUGAGUGCAGAGCAGAGCGUGGUAGCGUUCUCACUGAGAAGGAAUUGGAGAAGGACGAAGACGUGUCACGAGCGAUGUUGAUAUGGAGAGCCAUCAAAUUACCAAUGUACACCGUUGGCUUGGUUCCUGCUUCUGUAGGAGCUGCAGCUGCUUAUUUGGAAACAGGGCUUUUUUCUCCCGAACGUUAUUUCGGGAGCUUAGCAGCUUUUGUACUUAUAAUCGCUUGGCUCAACUUAAGCAACGAUGUGUAUGAUUAUGAUACAGGCGCUGAUAAAAACAAAAAGGAGUCUGUUGUGAAUCUGGUCGGCAGCCGCACGGCCAUCAAUAUUCUCGCGUGGUUACUGCUUGUACUUGGUUUCGGGGGCCUUAGCUGGGUAGCAGACGAGGCUGGGAGCGGGCGAUCUCUGCUACUGUUAGCUUGUACAGUGUUUUGCUGCUUCAUUUACCAGUGCCCACCGUUUCGUUUGAGCUACCUCGGACUUGGAGAACCCUUAUGCUUUGCAGCAUUCGGCCCGUUCGCCACAAUUGGUUUUUAUUUGCUCCAGAGCGGCACAAGUGAGCUGCCAAUAUCCAGCACCGUCAUCUCAGCAUCAACUCUUGUUGGCUUUACGUCGUCCUUGAUCCUCUUAUGCAGUCAUUUCCACCAGAUAAAGGACGAUGAAGCUGUAGGAAAAAUUUCUCCUUUGGUGAGGCUUGGGACUGAAGCGGGUGCAAAUGUAGUAAAAAUGGCUGUUCUAGGGCUCUACUGGCUUGUAUUUGCUUUCGGACUAGCCGACACUCUUCCUUAUGCUUCGCUCAUUUUCUGCACUGCGACUCUUCCCAUGGGGAAUUUAGUAGUUAGCUUCGUCCAAGAGAACCACAAGGACAAAUCAAAAAUAUUCAUGGCUAAGUAUUUCUGUGUGAGACUCCACACUAUACUUGGAGCAGCUUUGACUGCUGGGCUGGUGGCAUCCAGACUGCUUCCAGGAGAGCAACUUCCAGAGUUGAUUGACAACCUCAAACUUCACUUAUUAGGAGCGUAAAGAUGUGGUCAACACUCUCUCAGCAAUUAGUAACUAGUGUGGGCAUAUAUACAUAAUAAAGGAGGAAUUAUUGAAAGCUGCAGAUCCCUAUGAGGAUUGGAAGAUUAUUAUUAAAAUAUAUGUUUGGUUUUGACAUUUUCAAAGCAACCAUUUUUUGUUUAAUAAUGAUGUAAGAGGGAUAGCUUCAAUCUACCAACUUCUCUCUUUCCUUUUUUUUUG